AUGUCUUCAACUCAACCAACCACCACUAAUCCUAAUCAACCACAAUACCUUGUUAACACAACAAACCAACAAUACCCUGGUUAUCCUAUCCAGCAAUCUCCUACUUCUCAACAACCAGUAAGUACUGGAACCACUCCAGCUACAGGAGCUCAAUCAUAUCCAGCAUGCAACACCCAACAACCAAUUCCACAAUUCCCAAAUAAUGGUCAAUACUAUGGACAGGUUGAUACUUUCAACACUCAACAAAAUGUAGUAUAUGGAACACAACAGCCAUCUAAUACUAUGCAACAGCCAUCUAAUACUAUGCAACAGCCAUCUAAUACUAUGCAACAGCCAUCUAAUACUACAACUAACCAACAAGGAACCAAUGUUUCACCAAAUUCUAGUGUUUCACAACAAACUACCACCGCUGCACCACAACAAAAAGGAUGUCAACAACCAGAGUACAACACUCAACAACCUAUUCCACAACAACCAAUCCAACAACAACAAUACCCACAGUAUAAUGUUCAAGAAAGAGACGGACAACAACCAAUUCAGCAACAACAACAAUACCCAGGAUAUAGUAUUGAACAACCUAAUGAACAACAACACAAACAAACCAAUGGACAAAAUUCACAACCAAUUGUUAGUCCCUCAAAUCCUUAUACUCAACAACAAACUAAUACAGUCCCACAACAACAAACUAAUACAGUCCCACAACAACAAACUAAUACACAUUCAAACUCUGGUGUAUGUCCAUUACCUCCUGCUGGAACAACUGGACAACAACCAAACUAUGAAAUCCAACAACAGAAUGGACAGGCUGAGGGAUAUAAUACUUAUCCAAAUAUGCCUAACACUCAACAACAAAUGAGUAAUACUGUUCCACAACAAAUCACUCCACAACAACCAAAAACACAACCAAGUGGACCACAAUACCCAGGAUAUAAUGUUCAACAAGCAGAUGGAAAACAAAAUACUCCACAACAAUAUCCAGGAAGUAAUUCCCAACAACCAUAUGGUCAAAUGGGAGGAUAUAACGCUCAACAGCAAUACCCAGGAUACGGAAUAAAUCCAGAGAUACAACAAUAUAACCAAAUAAAUAGUUUUGACUCUCAACAAUAUCCAGGAUACAAUGUUCCACAGGGAAUGCAACAAUAUGGACAAAUGAAUGGAGUACCAAGGUUCGAUCAAAUGCCUGGAUAUAGUCAAAUGGGAGGAAUGCCAAGUUAUGGAACACAACCAUAUCCAGGUUAUAAUCAAAUGGGAGGAAUGCCAAGUUAUGGCUCUGGUUUUUAA